CUAGUUUCGAUUAGAUUUCUUCAAACUACGGCGGACGGUUCUUCAUCUCAAAAAUGGUUUUUCGAGCGUCUGUGUAUUUUUCCAUUCUAUUCAUAUUAGUUCACGGAAAGGAAUUAGACCCGGGUCCUCAAACAUUUUCAAUAACAAAUUCGUCAUCACCAACCAAAGCGCACAGACAGUUUGCCACUAAGGACGCUAUAGUUUACUUAACACCAAGUCAAAUAAAAGACCUUGAAACUGGGAAAGCCGAACUUAGAUAUAUAGCACCCGAUCAAAUAACAUUCAACAAAUUCCCCAUCUAUCUGCAGGAACCUCAUCAAAAUCGAGAAUUGCAUCAUCGUCACCUUGACAAUUUAAAUAUCCUAAAAGCACCGCUAAUACCAGAAACGCAGAUACCAUACAAUCAUGGAAAACCUGAAGUAAAAUUAAUCAGAGUACCAACAGAAGAAUAUCCUCAAAGUUUGGCCAAUUUUAGGGUCUUUCAACUUGGGCCACUGAGUCUUAUUAAUGAACAGAUAACUGACUGGAGGCCCGUUAAUCCCGUAAAUAUUUUACAUCGACAAAAAAUAUAUACUAAACCUACAUAACAAACUGAAAACUUUAAACAACUAGUUUAAGUUAAGAAUCCUUGGAGUAUAGAAAACAAAUCAACCUACCGUAAAGCAUUCCCUUACAACGCCAGCUCUACUAGUACCUUAUGAAAAGGUCUCCCAUUUUCAUAGUCAACAGGUCAAUAGUCUUCAACAAAUACCAGCCGGAAGAGAUCAAAAACAAACGAUCGACAAAGUUUUAAAGGAAAUGUAUUCAUAAAUGUUGAUUGUAAAAUUAGAUAAAUUUUCAUUCAACUCAAAAGACUUAAUUAAUUAAUUAUUAAAAGUUAUUUGUGUUAAA